AUGCAAACGCCGAAUGGUGCUGGUGGUGAACCCACAGGGCAAAACGGCAAUCCCCAUGGAGUAGACAAUGCAGUGCCGGCAUUGAGUCAACAAGAGACCACGCGUAUCGUCCAUGAGCAAAUUCGAAGCGAAGCCGAGGCACCUGUUCAUUCAUUUCAACCGCAUUCAAGUCCUACAGCCAAACGAGCCCAAGCUGAACGCGCCAUUCCAGCUGACCUCUUGCCGGAUUUCCGCAACCUUGGCAACAAGCGUGGUGGUCUUCAUACUGAACUCGGCACCAAUGACGUGAAUCAAAUUCGACAAGCCCUGACAGCAGCACAAAAAAAGCCCAUUGCUCCCGUCAAAACGACACAUGUUCGACAACCAAGUAGUGCUACGACCACCCCUCGUACACCCCGCACACCUUCCACUGCUUCUGGUACAGCAGCAGCAGCAACAACAACGGCUUCGUCACGUAUACCAGAAUGGUAUCGAGUGGGUUGGACAGCAUUCUCAAGCACACCCAAUCCUGGAGGCCCACCCUUACUUGCAGCAUCUGAAAAAAAGCUCGAUGAUCCUUUGGAACAAGCUGUGGCAACCUUGUUUUACAAUCGCUGGUGGAACAAUACGGCAGCCAUCUUUGUCAUUGGGACCAUCUUUUGGUUUCUUGGAAGAAUCGGUGGUGGAUUUGUCACAUUUUGUAUUGGAUGUCUCUUUGUAGCUACCUACUACAAGACAACCACUGAUCGAUUCAAGAGAGGUGCACGAGAUGACAUUGAUAGAGAGCUUACUCGACUACGAUCUACUGAAGCCGGCGCAGAGACCGUUGAAUGGCUCAACAACUUUUUGGAACGCUUUUGGCUCAUCUUCGAACCUGUCAUGAGUGCCUAUGUGAUUGAGAACAUUGACACCUACUUGGUGGAUUAUCUUCCUGGAUUCCUCGAUUCAGUACGAUUGACAACAUUUACCUUGGGCACCAAACCUUUUCGUGUGGAAAGUGUACGAUCCAUUUCAGAACCAGAACCAGAUACUGUGUGCAUGGAUUGGAUCGUCUCUUUUAGACCCAAUGACUUGUCAGAUAUGACCAAGAAACAAGUUGAGCGAAAGGUCAAUCCCAAAGUCGUUCUCACCAUUCGUCUUGGCAAGGGCAUGGUUGGUGCGGGUAUUCCAGUCCUCGUGGAAGAUAUGAGUUUCCAAGGAUCGAUGCGUGUCAAGCUCAAGUUUAUGAGCAAAUUCCCUCAUAUCAAGUUGGUGGAAGCUUGUUUCCUCUCAAAGCCCAAGUUCGAUUACGUCCUCAAACCUAUUGGCGGUGAAACCUUUGGUAUUGACGUUACCAAUAUUCCCGGCCUUCAAAGCUUUGUUCGCGAUCAGGUUCAUGCCAUUCUAGGUCCAAUGAUGUAUUAUCCCAACGUAUUCUCCUUUGAUGUUGACAAGUUCUUUUCGGGUGAAUUGGAUAUUACUCAAGCCAAUGGCAUCUUGGCAGUAACGGUUUAUUCCACCACACCCAUCAAUGCAAAGGAUAUCUCGGGCACCUUGAACCCGUAUGUUCGCUUUUACCUUGAUAAGGCACAAGAACUUGGACGAUCCACUGUGCAAGAAAAUACCAUUGAACCUCGCUGGAACGAGACACACUUUUUGAUGCUCAACAACCUCAGCUCGACAUUAUCGCUUGAACUACGUAAUCAACAAACCGGAUCCAAGGAUCGACGUAUUGCACGUGCACACUUUGAACUAAGCGAAUUGGAAUCGGAUGUCGAUUACAGCGUGGAAGGCCUUGACUUGGAUCUGUUGCACAAUGGCAAACCCUGCAGCCAGCUUAAGGUUGACAUGCGUUAUAUGCCGGUGUCCAAACCUAUUCCACGUGACGAUGGUACCGUAGAGCCAGCUGCUGAAUCGAAUUCUGGUAUUUUACGCUUUACUGUCAACGAAUGCCGACGCCUUCAAUCCGCACGUGUCAAUCCUUAUGUGAGAGUGAUGAUCAAUGGCGCUGAGCGUAUACAGACACCCGUAUUCAAGCGUACAGCCAAUCCCAAGUUUGAGCGAUCGGGUGAAGUUGUGGUGUUGGAUCAAACGGCCGUUUACAUCCGUGUUGAAGUCAAGGAUAGCAUCAGCUUUGCCGAAGAUACAACCCUUGGUGUUUUCAAAAUGUAUCUUGUGGAAAUGAUGCAGCAGCUACAAACGAAUGAUGGAUGGUGGGAUCUCAUGUAUGAUAACGGUCAACCAGCACAAGGCCGUAUUCGUCUCAGUGUUCAAUGGAAGCCUGUAGUCAUGUCAGGAUUAUCAGAUGCACUAGGUCUUGGCUUGUAUACUCCACCUAUCGGUGUGGUACGUUUGACAUUUUGGCGUGCACGGGAUCUUAAGAAUGUUGAAGGCGUCACCAGCAAAUCCGAUCCAUACGUUCGAGUUAUGGCAGGUGCUCAAGUGCGUACACGCACUGAAGUUAUUGACAACAACCUGGAUCCUGAAUGGGGAGAGACUCAAUAUGUACCAGUGCACUCUGAUAAGGAAGAUCUCAAGCUCGAAGUGAUGGAUUGGAACGCAAAGACAAAGGAUCGUACGCUUGGCUUUACUAUUUUGCGUAUGAAAGACAUUGUCAAGCAGUGCUCGGAUGGCCAUAAUCGCUGGUAUGAGCCAACCGGCAAGGUCAUUGAUCAAUGGGCGCCAUUAAAGUCUGCUGAUCGUAAGGCUGACAAGGGCGAGCUUCGUUACACUGCCGAGUUUUAUCCUACAUUGACACUUCCAAAGCCCAAAGAUGAGGAGGAAGAAGAUGAUGGCGAGAAUGAGAAUGAGGAAAAGGCGGCCCCUGUUGUGGAGGAACCACCUAUCAAUGACCUGCAUAAUGUACCUAUUCGCUAUACCCCUGAUGAUUUGGUCGACUUGAUGGCAUACAAUUCAGGUGUACUCAAGGUCAAGAUUCAUGAAGUUAGACUCCCAAGUGCCAGCACAGCCUAUUGUCAGCUCUUGGUGGAUGCAUUGAUGCCUCAAUUCCAAACAGCCAAAAUGAAAGGUCGCACGCUUGCAUUCAAUGAAACAGGUGAUGCCUUUGUCAAGGAAGCCGACUUUUCACGUGUGGCCAUUGAAAUCAAGCCUGAGCAUGCGGAUGAAAAGGAUGAUAUCAAGAUUGGCUAUUGGGUGGAAGCCGUGAGCAGCAUUGUCAGAAGAAUUCAAGCACGUCGUCGUAGCAUGGAAAAUGAUGAUGAAGGUGAAUGGUUUGAGCUAUUGGGCACGACCUUGCCAGGUGGACAAAUUCGCCUCAGCUUCGAUUACACGCCUCUUGUCAACUUUACUUUGAAUCCAAACGAGAGCCUUGACAACCAAGGCCAAUUGACAGUGACGCUUUUGGAUGCAAAAGAUCUGAUGGCUGCCGACAAGUCUGGCACGAGUGAUCCUUAUGUGGUGUUUACAGUGAAUGGCGAGCGAGUACACAAGAGUGCAACAGUGAAAAAGACGGUGAAUCCUUCUUGGAAGAAUGAGCAAUUUAUUGUGCCAAUCCAAUCUCGUGUCACGGCAAGUUUCCGAAUUGAAGUUUUCGACUGGAAUCAGUUCAUGGGCGAUCAACCAUUGGGCUCUGGUGGUAUUUCCAUUCGUGGUGACUUUGUCGAGAGUUUUGUGGCCAAACAAGUCAAGAUCCCAUUGGAUGGUAUUGAAGGCGUCAGUGGUUAUGUGCGUGUACGGUUCCUAUGGCAACCACAAUUGUUGAUCCGGAAAAAGACACAUACAUCAGUACUCGGUGAUACACGCACGUAUACCAACAUGAAUCUUACAAGCACCUCGUUACGUGUACCAACAAUGACCAAAUCCAGCUCUUUUCUUUCACCGGCUUCAGCUGCUGCAAGACCUUCCCCUACCAACGUAGCACCACCACCGCCACCAUCACAACAACAACAAUUACCAGUGACACCGCAACCAGCACCGAUUGCUCGAUCAUCACCACUUGCACCCAACAACAGCACCAGUAAUAGCUCUAUCAACCGUACACCCACAAUGAGCACAAGUCGUAAUGGCCAUACAAGAAAUGAAUCCCAAGCCUCUUCAAUUCUAUCUGCAAAGGAGCGUCAUAGCGUGGAUACCAUGUCGAUGAAUGAUGAGAUGCUGCAACAUGGUGAUGGUACUGCAACCGGAUUGGAUGGCACAGUGUCAAUAUGCCUCGUUGAAGCACGAUCAUUGCGUGGCGUUGAUAAGAGCGGCACAAGUGACCCCUAUGUGCGACUACGAUUGGGAAAGAAGCAGGUCUUCAAGACCAAACAUGUCAAGAAAACACUUGCUCCACAAUGGAAUGAAACAUUCCGAUGUCAAGUUUCUGCACAGCCAACGCCUAUCAACUUUAAGGUGAAAGACUAUAACCGUUUCAGUCACUCAGUGGAGCUUGGUCAAUGCCAAUGGAAUCUAUGGGAUUUGUUACGACCCAAUGACCAAGUGACUAGUAUUGAUCAGUGGCUUCCUUUAUAUCCCACCGGCCAUGGUGAAAUUCAUGUUAGGAUCGAGUUUACCCAAUAA